UUAGUAUAAAUAGGUCCAAGCAAGCGCUCCUAACUCAAGUGCAAAAAACUUCUCUCUUCUUAUCCUGUAAUAUUCUUCUUUCAAUUAGAGCUUUGUCUUGCAAUCCUUUUCUGACGGACCUUUGCAUCUCCUAAACUUUUAGCCAAAAUGAAGAAAGUGAUUGUGAAAUUGGGAUUAGAGGAAAAUCACAAAUCAAAGCAGAAGGCUAUGAAGGCAGUCUCUGGUCUUUCAGGGGUUGAUUCAAUCUCCAUGGACAUGAAGGACAAGAAGUUGACCGUGACCGGUGAUAUAGAUCCAGUUGAUGUAGUGAACAAGUUGAGGAAGCUUUGCAGCACAGAGAUAGUCUCUGUUGGACCAGCAAAAGAAGAGAAGAAGAAAGAAGAGCCUAAGAAAGAAGAGCCAAAGAAGGAUGACAAAAAGAAAGAUGCUAAGGAGGAACCAAUUGUCUAUCCUAUUCUCUAUAGUCCUUACAUGCCGUACUAUGUUAGAAGCGUAGAGGAGGAUCCAAAUGCUUGUGUGAUUUGCUAGAUCUUAGAAGAGUUGGAUUGAAUCAUAAGUAAUCAAAAGAAGAAGAAAAAAUAAGAAAUAAUUGUCGGUAACGAUGAAUUAUAUCUUUUUUUACUGCACGGUUGGAAGAGAGGUCCUUAUGUACAGUAGCUGAAGGUGGUUGAGUUUAUCUUUUCAUGUUUUGUGGGUGUUGUUUUGGAAAUUGGAAUGCUAUAUAUUUCUAUUUUAGCGGCUUUGAUUUGACAUCGAUCAAUGGAAAAUGUUUUCAAUGC